AUGAGGUCUCAUUAUGGAGCACCUGCCGGCACCGUACCCAACCUGAGGAGUGGUCGGCCGCUGGCCAUCUGGGUCGAUGAGUUGGGGACAGGUCCAGCUCCGACCGAGGGAGAGAGCCACGUGAUCGUGCACAAAGUGAGUCCUCGCGGUGCUGGUCGUCCGUGGACGUGCCAGAUCUGUAGUCAACGCGACAUUGGCGCCAGCAUGACGAGCUGUCCUACGUGCAAACGGAGCCGGGGGACGGAGCUCAGACGGUCGUACAUGACGGCUGCAGAGUUGACGGAGUCUGUGGUCAUAGCUGUGAAUGGUGGCGAACCAAGCGAGCUUCAAACCGGAGGCACAGCCUCAUCCUUGCAAAAAGCACAGCGCCGCUGUGCAAGCCCUUCCAGACGCGGAGACCGUGACCAUGCAGCCACGCUGCCCAGCAGAUCAGCUGGGACCCGUGCAGCACGCGUCACCUUCCAGGACUCCCCAAGUUCCGGCGGCCAAGGCGGGCAACGCCCGGCAAGGGGGAGCCAUGCUUGGAGCUCUGCGAUGGAGCGUGGUCACAACAUCGACGCUUUGGAUCGACACCAGGAGCACCACGAGGCAUUUGCUCGGAGAGUAGAGAGAGAGACAGAGCGAGCCUUCCCUAGACCUGCAGCAUGCAAGCAAGAGAGAGAGUGA